AUGUUGCAUGCUCCAAAGCAGCAGGUUCAUGGAGUCUUCUUCUUGGUCCAAAAAAAGAAAAGAAAUGUAGUAUAUUUGCAUCAAAGAGUACUUGAAGCUGAGGGAAUCCUGUCUGUAUCCAUUUCCUUGCAGUGUGCUGGGUAUCCACUGCUCACAGGCUCACAGGAUGGUAGGGGUUGGAAGGGACCCAAGAAGAUCACCCAGUCCAACCCCACCCCUGCAGGACCACACAAUCUAGCACAGACCACCCAGGAGCACAUCCAGCACAGAUCAGACAGGAACACAUCCAGCACAGAUCACCCAGGAGCACAUCCGGCACAGAUCACCCAGGAGCACAUCCAGCACAGAUCACCCAGGAGCACGUCCAGCACAGAUCACCCAGGAGCACAUCCAGCACAGACCAGACAGGAACACAUCCAGCACAGAUCACCCAGGAGCACAUCCAGCACAGAUCACCCAGGAGCACAUCCAGCACAGAUCACCCAGGAGCACAUCCAGCACAGAUCAGACAGGAACACAUCCAGCACAGAUCAGACAGGAACACAUCCAGCACAGACCACCCAGGAACACAUCCAGCACAGAUCAGACAGGAGCACAUCCAGCACAGACCAGACAGGAGCACAUCCAGCACAGACCAGACAGGAGCACAUCCAGCACAGAUCACCCAGGAGCACAUCCAGCACAGAUCAGACAGGAGCACAUCCAGCACAGAUCAGACAGGAGCACAUCCAGCACAGACCAGACAGGAGCACAUCCAGCACAGAUCACCCAGGAGCACAUCCAGCACAGAUCAGACAGGAGCACAUCCAGCACAGACCAGACAGGAGCACAUCCAGCACAGAUCACCCAGGAGCACAUCCAGCACAGACCAGACAGGAGCACAUCCAGCACAGACCAGACAGGAGCACAUCCAGACAGGCCUUGAAGGUCUCCAGAGAAGGAGACUCCACAACCUCUCUGUUCUUUAUCAACCAACCACCCACCCUCCUGGACAUUUGUUGAUUCCAAUCAGAUUUAAUCAACUCACAAUAUUG